CGUGUAGGGGAUUUUAGGUAGUUCCUGGCGUCCCAUGUUCAAGAAGUUGUGGAAAAAGGUUAAGAAGAGCCUUGGCAACCACCCCACAAGUAGGAAGGUCGAGGCGCCGAGGCUUGGGCCUCCUCAGCCCGAAAUUCUUAACUGCUCCAAACCCGCUAAACAACUGGUUCCGGCUGCAGCCAGCAACCACGAAAUGGCAUCGGCGACGGAGGCUGCAAGACCAGUAAGGUCAGCAGGAGCAUGCCCGUCAUAUGCAGCGAAAUCUGUUGUGGGCCAACGUAUGACUAUGGAAGACAGUUGGCAGGCAGUACCUGACUUGCUUGUAGUGCCAAAGUGGUGGACUUGCAAUGCACGAGAUCGCCUGCCGCCGAUGAUGAUAGCGCCAGCGGAAGGGGCAGGGGAUCCCCAGCCUACACAGCAACCAUGCCAGGAUAAAGGUCAUGGGGCUGUUACGAUGGCCUCAUCGGCAGUACCGAUUAUUUCUGGGGAAACUGAGCAGCCAUCCGCUAAUUCUGGGACAGCACAAGCGGUUUCGCGGCCUGUGCUGGACCCAAAGCUGCAAGCCGAAAAGCAUGGCAACGACCCGGUUACGGUACACUUCUUUGCUGUGUAUGAUGGUCACGGCGGGCCCGAUGUCGCAAAGCAUUGUGCAAAGAGCUUGCAUGAACAUCUGAAAGCGGUCGUGGGGGCCAGCGUCAAGUCAGAUGGCACAUCUAUUUCCGGCCCACAAGCCCCGGCACCGGCCCCCGCACCGAACGGCCCAUCGGAGACGGGAGAGCCGGCUGCAGCGGGCGAGCAGCAGCCAGCGGAGGUUUGGCCUGCCCAGUUGGCCCAAAACCGCAGUGCGCACGAGGUCGGUACAACAGCCGUCGUCUCGCUUGUUACCGCGCAGACUCUUUGGAUUGGGAACUGCGGUGACUCUCGAGCACUUCUCUGCAGAGAGCGUGAGGCUGUGGCGCUAAGCUUGGACCACAAAGCCACCCGCGUAGACGAAGUGUCUCGCGUGGAGCAGGCAGGCGGUUACGUGUGGUGGGACCGCGUCAUGGGAGAGCUGGCCGUAAGCAGAGCCAUUGGCGACCAUUGCCUGCGACCAUUCGUGAUCGCGGAGCCAGAGAUUACGUCGGUUCUGCGCCGGCCUGAAGACCAACUGCUCAUCAUGGCGAGCGACGGGCUUUGGGACGUUUUCACAAAUGAGGAGGCGCGCGCCCUGGCCCUGGAGAAAUUUAACGGUGAGCUACAACGCACAUCCAGCAGCAAGAUGGCGGUCAAAAAGGCCGCCAGUUCCUUAGCCAAGGCGGCGCUCGCGAAGGGCAGCCGCGACAACGUGACGGUUGUGGUUGUCGACAUGCGCCUCCAUGGCUACAAGUCCAGCCAUAACGGCACAAUGGUCCACAGCACAAGCGUCCCCGUAAACAACACUGGCACGCCUCGGUCAGGGCCGUCGCAGUCUGGAAGCGGGGGUUUGCUCGCGCCGGGAGAUCACCAACAGCAGCCGCAGCGACAGUCGCCGCAACACAUCGAGGCGUCCCCAAAAACACCCGUGGCCUCCGAUGCGGAUGACUGAAUGACUGACAUCUUGGUGCAAAAGGCAGGGACUUGGAUUCGUUAUAGUUGCGUUUGGCAGUGUGUUGCAAGGGUCGGCUCUGAGACUGUUUGGCAUGCAGCGCGCGCUGCAAAGCAAGAAGGCUGUGCAGGCGGUUCUGGCUUUUCUUGGCAUGUCGAUUGCAGGGAUGCUUACCUUAAGUGAGCGCUUACCAUUGCUAGUUUUGCGGUCUCGGGUGUCGGUGGGGAAAAACUUGGCGCCGGUGCAUGUUUCGUCGAUCGACAUUCCUAGCCCGCGCCAAAGCUCUGUCGGUGAUCGGUCGAGGGUGUUUGCCGACGUCCGCUGGAAUAAAGGGAUGGUUGGUCAAAACGCAAUGGCCAUCCCAACGUUCCGGAACGUUGCCAACAAAAGAGGCAAGAAGCAUGGUAGUACUGUUCGUGUG